AUGACCUCACGAUUUCUCGACGUUAUUAAUGAAGAUGGAAAAAUAUUGCUACCUAUUGAAGGUUAUCAAAAUGUGGAUUUAUUACCGCUCGAACAAGCUCUUUUACCGGUCGCUCAUCUUUUUGACCCUGAUAGUCUAAGGUCAAACAUUUGGGUAGCAAAGCAACGAUCUGAAUAUCCUCCAAAUGGUCUAUCUACUGAUGAAUCGGCGUCCAUAAUACUGUAUACUAUUGAAUGGACACUCAACAAUCAUAGUUUAUACUAUAUUUUAAAUCAGACAUUACGUUUAGAAGAUCGAAAGAAAUUAAAACCUUGGUUCGCUUAUCUGAAAUUAAUUUUGACGGCUCUCUCAAAAUUACCAUCUGUCACAAAAACUGUUUAUCGUGGCGUGAGAGAUGACUUGACACUCCAAUAUCCAUGUGGAAAAGAAUUAGUCUGGUGGGGUUUUAGCUCAUGCACAGAUACCAUGAAUGUUCUCGAAUCUGAACAAUUUUGCGGUAAAAAUGGCUCGAGAACGAUAUUUUCUAUUGAAUGUUUAAAUGGAAAAUCGAUUACACAGCAUUCGUAUUACAAAACUGAAGAUGAAAUAUUAUUAUUACCUGCUAUUUAUUUUAAAGUUCAUAGUCAAUUUGAUGCCGGUAAUGGACUUUAUAUUAUUCAACUAAAAGAAAUAAAACCGCCAUGCGUUCUUCUGCCUCCUGCUGAUAAAAUACCAACAUGGAAACAAUUUAAUUCAGGUAUUUGUCUCGAAGGAACAUGUAAAAACUGCGGAUGUGAGGCUUAUAAUCAAACAGUAAUCAUGCCAAUUGGUUUCAGACGAUUUGAUCUGCUUACUGAUGUAAAUGAAGUGACAACAAAGUGUCCCGUAUGUACCAGUUAUGUAGAAGUGGAAAGGUGUGCGUUUAAUAAUUGUCUAUGGCGAUGGGAAGGAAUAAAACAGAAUAGGCCCUUGGAAGCGCCGUCAUCUAGUGUCAGUGACUGGAAAAGAGCAGACAAUUAUAUUCAUUUUGAACAGGAACUAAACGAACAUGUAAGAUGGCGAAAACUUGUGUUGGAAGCCAAAGCGAUAACCACGUAA